GUUUCAUAGCUACAAACCGGCCCGGUCUGGUGUCUAUUGAAGGCAUUUAAGCGGCAAGUAGCGUGGCUGCCCACAGGUUGCCGCAACUUUUAUCGGAGUAAACUGAGAGCCAAAAUAAAACAACGACGCUCAGCUAGAGUUUAGGGCCUUUUGGAUGUCGGGAAACUGUUAAACGCAUAGUUUAGUACUCUUUGUGCCUCGGUCUUUCUCUCCGGCUUGACCAAUGCUUCUCCAUCAGUACAUGAACGGAUCCCUAGAAGUCAUGCCUCCCACACCGGUCCAGAAAGACACUACGUUUACCAAAAUCUUCGUCGGCGGGCUGCCGUACCACACGACUGACGCUUCGCUCAGAAAAUACUUCGAGGCUUUUGGGGACAUUGACGAGGCCGUGGUGAUAACUGACAGGCAGACCGGUAAAUCCAGGGGGUACGGCUUUGUGACGAUGACUGACCGAGGAGCAGCAGAGAGAGCCUGCAAGGAUCCCAACCCCAUCAUAGACGGCAGAAAGGCAAACGUCAACCUGGCGUACCUGGGCGCCAAGCCUCGCAACCUGCAGACAGGCAUAUCCAUUGGAGUGCAGCCCAUCCACCCGGCACUCAUCCAGAGGCAGUAUGGGUUGGCCCAGCCAUACAUCUACCCUCAAGCAUUUGUGCAGCCCAGCCUGCUGCUGCCUACUCAGGUCUCCGCCUCUGUCAGCACCAGCCCGUACCUGGACUACAGCUCAGCCUAUGCCCAGUACGCUCACGCUGCCUUCGAUCAACAGUACCCGUACGCCGCUUCACCGGCCGGCUUCCUGGGUUACGGCUACACAACCAGCCCCACGGCCUCCGCCGGGCCAGCCGCUGCCACAACGGCCCCGGCCACCGUGCACCCCACUUUGCCCUCUGCCACGGGCCAGGGCCCAACCUUCCUGCACUACGCCCCACAGCAGCACAUCCAGCCAGAGAGGAUGCAGUGAACGGGGGCAGGAGGCAGACCGUGCAGGUGGAAGAGGACGGAGAAUUUUGGACAUAAGAGCAAACCCCUAUAGUGUGCCACUGCUGUCGUCAGCAGCAGAUUUCAGGAAAAAAUGUUUGGAUUAUUGCACUAUAUGAUCAGGAAGGGCUGCUUGCUCAUUGGUACAAGGGGUGGGAGGACUGUUGGGAGUUCAGGAUGAGAAGCUGAACAGCGUACAGUAUGUGGUGGCUUCCAAGGGCUUCCAGAACAUGACACUUCAUUUUUUUUAUCAUUAUUAAUAUUAUUUUAUUGUUCUUUAUUAUUGUAUUAAUGUCCUGGUCACUACUUGUUUGUUUGCAAUUAUUAUCCAUGUUGGCAUCUCUUGUAGCUCAAUCAGCAGAGAUCACGCAUGUCCAUGGUAGAUAUUGAUGUGUCGACACCUUCUAUCCCAGUCUGAAGCGUCUGGGCCGGACGCGGUGGACAUUGCUGCUUUGAAGACUCCAAAGGACAUUCGUGUUAGUUUUUGGAGGUGAUUGGAGAGGGAUGCGGCAAGUUUACCACACAGGUCUGCCUCAUAAACAGACUUCCACAGCGCAGGAAAACUUCCAACUCCAAGAGAAGAGACUGCACAGCUUUUUUUUUUCUAAUAUUUGAUUUCAAGAGGCCUUAAGAAAUAAAUUCAAAAAACAGACGGACUCCCAUUUGUGCAUCUCCAGAUUAUUUUGCCUGUGCCUCUCCACUCCAAACCAAGUAAAGUACGGAGAGCCCCAUUGUAACUGAGCUGGGCUAAUUUGAUGUAGAUAAUCAAACAGUAUGGGGGGGCAGUAGCUGUCUAUAUGGAGAAGAAAGGUUGCUGACACUGAGCACAAACCAGUGUUUUUAUUUCUUUUUCUUUACUGAGAUGGUCAAAAACUGUUGCUCUCCAAAGGACAUCCAUUUACAGCACAUUCAGAUGUCGUCACGUGCAUUUUUCAAUAUUUAUACGUAGGUAUUUAUAAGAGGUACUAAGUUAAAAAAAAAAUGCUUUUUUUAUUUGUUAUUGUAACUAUAGUUGUGACACUGAUGUCAUUUAACUUGCAGAGUCAUUCCUGCAGAUCUACAAGUGUCAUUCUUUUCAUUGUUUUACCACUCAGUGGAUCUUUGACUGGAUUCAUUGGAAACAAUUUUUUCCUUCCUUCUUUUCCAGUAAGAUUGUCCUUUACAAUCCUUUCAAACAAGCCAUAAAGAAUAAAAAUUUCUACUCAA